AUGGAACUUAAAAGCAACUUCGCAGCUCAAGAUCUGUGUUACAAUCACCCUUCUUACUGCCACGAAAUCCUCGCUUCAAUCCUGCGCGCUGUCGGAAUUUUCACCGUUCCCAUCUUCGAAGAUCCAGGAUGGCUCAAUGUCACAGUAUUUGCAUACACCGUUGCUGAGCCAGGAACCUAUUUACUUGCCGCCUGCUUCCCAACUUAUCGCUCACUGUUUUCAUACUUGAAAAGUGAACGCUUGCGCUCAACAUUGGAUGCAACCAAAUCCUUUACUACCAGGUCUCAAAAGUAUGGAAACAUUACUCGAAAUCCUGGUGAUAGUGGGAAAGGCUAUAUGAAGCAGGUAGAUGACUCGAGAGAUACAAAUAACUUGGUUGAAGAAGAGUCAUCUCGCUGGCAGAACUUCCUAAGAAUCAUACUCAAGUUACCACCCCACAUGAAGUAG